UUUCGGUUUACUUUCAUCAUGGCAGUUUGUGUAGCUGUCAUCGCAAAAGAGAACUACCCACUUUUUAUCAAGACCAUUCCAACAGAUAAUGAAUUGAAGUUCUACUACACUGUACAUACCUCACUAGAUGUUGUAGAAGAGAAAAUUUCCUCUGUGGGGAAAAACACAAAUGAACUCCGAGAACUGUACCUUGGAUUGCUGUACCCCACGGAGGACUACAAAGUAUAUGGCUAUGUCACAAAUACCAAAGUCAAAUAUGUCAUUGUUGUAGAAUCCAUUAAUUCAAAUUUACGGGACAAUGAAAUUAGAAGUAUGUUCAGAAAAUUGCAUAAUGCAUAUGUGGAUAUGUUAUGUAAUCCUUUCUAUACGCCAGGAGAAAAUAUUACAUCACAGACAUUUGAGAAUGUGGUAAUAUCCAUGAUGCAUGACUAGGAUUGAAGAAGGACCAAUGACAUUUUUUUUUUUUUUUGGAUAAUUGUGCAAUAAUGAUGUUUGUUAUGAACAGAAUGUAAAUACCAAUUUGACAUUAAACAUUACAAAACUA